AUGGAGUUGGUGGCAUUACUCAGUGCCCUGACAGAGCAGUGUUCCACCAAGAGGAUGUCUGAGAUAGCGGAAGCUGAGACCCCAACUCCAACUCCCUCCAGCAAGCUUGAGGCAGCCCAGCCCACAGCCCAGCUGCCCUCAGAAGCCAGCUCAUCAGUGGUGACAAGCCAGGAGCAGCAGCCAGUGACGGUCCCUCCCCCUGAAACCCCAAGGGUGCCCUGGCAGAGCCCAGAGGAGCCUUUCCCACAGCCCGAGAUCCUAGAGAACACCCAUCCCAGCAGGGAGGAGCUAUUCUUCCAGGGACAUCCAGCCACUUUGGGAGCCCUGCAGAUGUUUAUUGGCUUGCUGCAUGUCAGCUGCGGGACUCUCCUGGCUGCUGUCCCAAACUUUGUGGAGUUUCCCACCACUUACUGGUACCCACUGACCAGCGGAGUGCUUAUGCAGGUCAGCGUGGGGCUGAACCUGGCCAGCUCGCUGUGUGCCGGCCUCGGGGUGUGCGCCUUUCUAAUGGAGCUGGUCGCCAGCGGCAGGUAUGCCCAGAUGCCCCGGAAGAUUCUGUCGGUGCUGCUGCUGGUCUUCUCCAUCCUGGAGCUGGGCAUUGCUUCCUCGUGCAGCUUCGUGGGCUUCCAGGCCACCUUCUGCUACACAUGGCUCUACCUGAACCCAACUGAGGAUGUGCCCAUGGCUACAGCAGCCCCUCAUGAAAGCCCACCACGGCAGGUGCAGCAGCCCCUAGUCUCUGCAUGA